AUGGUCAACGCAAGCAAAAUUGUCUCUGCUCUGUUCGCAUUUGGCCUUGUUGGCGGAGGUUCUGCGGAAUACAACGCAACAGAUGGAACAGUGACCUACUUCCCCUUGAGCGAGGAGUGGGCCGGUGAGGGCUCCGACAUGACCGUGAGCUUUGACAAAGUCCAUGCCGACUAUAUCUCCGUGUUCAACGGCACCGACUCUCUCGAGAAGCGCAGGAUCAUUGACGUGGAAGCCACGGCAGCUGUUGUCACUGCUGGAAGCUCCGUUAUCCUUGCAGCCAACGCCGGAAUCAACAUCUACAACUUCAUCGCUGAUGUGAUCAAGAGCAAGUCGAACUCAAACUCUUGUUCCAUGACUAUUGGUUCGGACUCGGACGGCCACGGUCAUGUCGAGGGCUACGCCUAUGAAGCGACGACAAGUGGCUCGAAAUGCGAUACCACGUCCGAGAGAAAAACAAUCCUGGCGGCUGUCAGGAAGUGUGCUGAUUGGCUGCACACGCAUGGUGCUGUUACUGGUUGCUGUCAGUUUUCUCAUGGUGGUACCUGGAAGGGGCACUUGCGUCUCAGUGCCAACAAUGGAAAGUACCCGGCGAGCUCAGUGAGAUGUUAA